AAUUUUAUAUCAUAACAUUAUUAGUUGUGUAAAACAUGAUGGAUUUCCGGUUUGGUAGCCGUCGUGUGACGUCACACCAGCGAUAGCGCCACCAUUGCAGAGAUGGAGGAAGUGAGAGUGUUUCCGCUGUCAUGCCUUGUCCAAAACUAUGCCUGGGGGAAGGUGGGGCUGGACAGUGAGGUGGCUAAGCUGGUCCUAGGUGGAGAUCCUCAAGCUGUCAUACAGGAUGACAGACCAUAUGCCGAGCUUUGGAUGGGUGCCCACCCUAAGGGAGAUGCUCUUAUCAAAGACAAUCGAAUAUCACAGAGGACACUGGGCCAGUGGAUCGCUGAUUACCCAGCGUGUUUGGGGUCAAAGGUCAAAGACACAUUUCAGGGACAGCUCCCCUUCUUGUUUAAAGUGCUGUCCGUCAACACUGCGCUGUCCAUCCAAGCUCAUCCCAACAGAGAGCUAGCAGCUAAGCUACAUGCGCAAUUCCCCGAACACUACCCCGAUAACAAUCAUAAGCCCGAGAUGGCGAUUGCACUGACCGAGUUCGAAGGCCUCUGUGGUUUUCGGCCGGUGGAGGAAAUCAUUUCCUUUCUCAAAAAUGUCCCAGAAUUCCAUGCUCUGGUAGGUAAUGAGGCCGCGGAUGAGCUGCAGAGCAGCAGGGAUAACCCUGCCCGUGCCUCUCUGGCACUGAAGAAGUGCUUCAGCAGGAUGAUGAACUGUGAGAAGAAAGUAUUUGUAGAUCAGCUGAACAUGCUUGUGAAAAGAGUCUUGGAAGAAGAGGCAGCAGGUAAAGACACAUCACGCAAUAACGGAGAGCUGCUGCUUCGGCUCCACUCCCAGUACCCGGGUGAUAUCGGCUGUUUCUCCAUCUACUUCCUGAACCGCAUCGUGCUUCAACCAGGACAGGCCAUGUUUCUGGGAGCUAAUGAACCUCAUGCCUACCUGUCUGGAGAUUGCGUUGAAUGCAUGGCCUGUUCGGAUAACACGGUGCGUGCCGGACUGACCCCGAAGUACAUCGAUGUGAACACGUUGUGUGAAAUGUUAAACUACAGUCCUGCUCCAGCCAGUGCCAAAAAAUUUCCCUCAGUUCAGGACCCUUCAGACCCCUGCGUUCACCUGUACGACCCUCCUGUACCGGACUUCACCGUCAUGAGGAUACAGGUCCCUCCAUCUGUGAAGCAGUACACAAUGAGCCCUUUGGACUGUGCGUCCAUCCUAUUAGUGAUCCAGGGCGAGGCCAGCGCGCUCUCAGACAUCAUGCUGCACAGGGGUUCCGUGCUGUUCAUCUCCGCCAACGAGAGCGUCACGCUGCAGGUGACAUCAUCUUCUGGGAUGAUGAUGUUCCGGGCCUGCUGUCUUCUCUAGGCAAAAAGUUCAGGAUGUACGGUUUUAACCUUCUACUUUUGUUUUAACGUUGCUUAUUCAUCAGCAACUACAAGGGAACAGAACCACUAUGGAUAUAACUUCAGACGCACACUUCGGCAAUAUGCCAAGUGAUAAGAAUCAGUAUAGUGACAUCUCACACACACACACACACACACACAAAAACAUAUAUGUGGUGUCUUUUGCUUGUGGUCCCGUUAUUUAAACCGUAUAGCAGUUGAAUUGAGGUAUUGCUACUUUAAUAACAGGGUGACGAGUGGGUUUAUGAAGUGCCAGUUUUCUCAUCAUGAGCAUAUUACGAACAUACUUAAGGCCGAGCAUGAGAAAUCACGAUUGCUUUCGUGUUUGCCUGAAGAAAAUCCAGUUAAACAAAUCUCUCUUGGGGAAUUCUUUCUCCUCCCUAUUAAUAAGCAUGUGCUUUAAAAGAAAUAGCCCCGUCAUCAUUAGAUUCAUCAUUUGAAUGCGCAGAUGCAUGUUUUACGUUUAAUAAAAUAGUUGACUUUUUAAAAUUAGCAUUUCAGUCUAAAAAAUAAGGAAGGUUAUGCUUAUGGUAAGUCAAAUCAAUUCUUCACUAGGAAAGGUUUUAACCUAGAAGACAGGAACGCACAUGCUCAAAACAGCAGUCUUGUCACUCUCAAGUCAAACACAACUCAUUAUUCAGGGACUUUUUAAGUGCAACAAUAACCACUACUGAUAAAUCUAGUGUAUUUGGGGUGGUUGUUGUUGUUUUUUAAAGAAAGCAAACUGCUUUUACACUUUUUAGUAGGUUUACCCUUUCUAACAGGAUGCUUUGUCAAAUAUGUACUGUGAAAGAGGAAACCAGUGAUCAAGUUGCUGAUAGUGUUUUUACUGUACAUGACUUUCAUUUGUAUGACUGUGAACAUUGUUACCUGUUCUCUGUAAACACCCCCCACCCCAAUAUAAUCUUCUCCUUCCCAUCCCCCCCCCGAGAACGCACUCACUGGAAUAACGAAGAUAUUUUAUGAAGUAUCAUAAUAUCUGUUUACUAUAAACUCCAUGCACUUUUACACGAGGUUGCCCGAAGCGGUUUGUGUCCCAGAUCCUUGAUCAGAGUUCAGGGUUUGCUACCUCCAGUGAAGGCAUGGAUUAGCAUUUUUGAAUCUGCUGUGGCAUGAGGUUGUGUAAACUCUACGUAAACCCUAAUAAACUACAAUUCUGUCUA